AAUCAAUUUAUUUACAAGGUGUUCUUGAUGGUACAAAAACAUCAGCUGGUCCUUAUCAAGGUCAAAAUGGAUCAAUAAUUAUAGGAUCAUCACUUUUAUCUUCUACUUCAUUUUAUGGUUAUAUUGAUAAUUUGAUAGUAACAACAAGAGCAAAAUCAGCUAGUGAAAUUCUUGUUGAUGCUUCAGUUGUUGUUUAUUUUUCAUUUGAUGGUUCAACAUUAACACAAGAUAUGGGACCAAAUCAAUUGAAUGGUACAAUAUCAAAUGCUGCUGCAGUUAGUGGAAAAGUUGGUCAAGGUUUAGCAUUCAGUGGAUCAUCAUCAUCUUAUUUUCAAGCAUUUGGCUUUUAUCAAUUAGGUCAGUCUAAUAAGCCAUUUUCAUUUUCCAUGUGGAUAUAUCCAUAUUCAAUUGCUGGCGGCAUAUUAAUUCAGAAAACAGCAACGCAAAGUGGAGGUGGUUGGUGUUAUUCCCUGAUGGGUCUCACGUCUUUCGGUCAAAUUGUAAUGCUUGUUUACACUUCUGGUGUACCAUUAAUUGUUGGUCCCAUAUUAACAGUUCGUACAUGGACCCAUCUUGGUUAUACAUAUAGUACAACAAAUGGUCUUCAAAUGUAUAUCAAUGGUCAAUUGUUUGGUACUACUGGACCCGCAUCAUGGUCAUCAUCGUCGAGAAUUGAUUGGCUCAGUAUUGGCUCUUAUAUAUCCAGUUAUUGUGGACAAGGUGUAAUAAGUGGUGUUCCUUAUUUAGGUGCCAUUGAUGAAUUUUAUGUCUAUCGACGAGAACUGAGUGCUAGUGAAAUAGUUGCUUUAGCCAAUCCAUAA